CGGAGGGUGGUCACGCAUGGGGCAUAUUCACCCUCCAAAUCGGAGGGUGGUUACGCAUCGGGGUUAUACACCCUCCGAUUUGGAGGGUGGGUAGGAUGUAACCAUAGAUGCCCAGGUUAUGUGGAGCCUUGUUUAUGUCUGAAAGUUUUAAGUGAGCUCGGUUAUGAAUACAAAUUUAAAACUUCUGGAAGGGAAAUAUGUGUUUGGUAUGUGUGGUGAGACGAUAUCAGGUAGGAGCGACAAAUUCGCAUAAAAUAUGGGAAGAGGGAGGGAGUAAAAAAAUUAUGCUGGAAGGGUGUUGCUUUACAGCGAAACUCGGUAAUUUUAGCACAAUACAGUACAGUGCAGUCAUUAAACUUGUAGCGAACAAGUAGAUUCUCUUUCAAUGGUGAAUGGCACUUGCUGCCAGUACUAGAUAUGGUAGCAUACUAAAUUUUUGGCGUUCUUUUUGAGCUACAGAUACGGCUCUUACCGUCCAUUAAUAGGAGUGAAGGGCUCAUAGACCUAUUGGGUCAUAGGUUUAUGUUGCUAUGCACAGGCCAUAGAUCUGGGCAAUUAAAUAUCUACUCCUGCUUUAGUGAGGUACCUGCAAAAGGAUGGCAAGUGAUUUCUUGGCACAUCUAAAAACUUUGGAGGAACAUCAAGUGCAUGCAAGAUGCAAGGAGCUGCAGGAUGAAGUGCCCAGACAUUUGGAGUCAUGUGAUGUUGUUCUUCAAGCACAAAUCAUUGAUGCCUUUAUUCAGAAAACAAUUAUUAAGGCAUCUGAAUCAGAGGCUAAAAACAUGUUUAAAAUCCUGCUCCCACCUGCAAUAAGAGCAUGUGACAGUGCCUUUGAGGCUUUACAGGCUUGGGAUAAUGUUCAAGAAGUUUUGAAACUCAUCUGGACUCCCAUUCAUAUUUUGGGCUGCAUCUCUGCUUGCUGCCUAUGUGCACAAGACAAGGAAUGGACAUCCUCCUCUUUGAUGACUGAUCUUUUACAGUAUGCCUUCCACAGUCUCAAAGCUACUUAUUCACACUGCCAGGACAGCGUGCUGGAGUCGGUGAAUGAGCCGCUCACACAGCUGUUCCGCGCCGCCACGACCCUGCAGGCACACCUCCAUCAACUCUGCAGCUCUUUGGCCACCUCUGACGGUCUGACCGAGGACGACAUGGCCUUGCUCACCUCAGUCUGUGACGACCUGGCGGUGACCGGUCGCCUUCUGACCAGGCUGGACGCUCGCGCCAUGGCUGAGGCCUGGAAGUGCUACCUGCGCCUGCUCCAGCUACUGCCGGAGCGGCUGCCGGCCAGCGCCGACCUGCCACGGGCGCUGACCUUCAUGGCCGGCGAGGUCACUGACCGCCUGGCCGAAAUACGCCAGACGGCCGCCGACAAGGCGUCUGGCGGUGACCAGAGCCGGCCGCUGUCGAAGGCGCUCAAGAUGUGCGGCUUCUACCUGAAGCUGGCCGUCGGUCUGAGUGAGAGCUACACGGCGCAGGCGCGAGGCGCGUUCGGCGCUCUCACAGAGCUGGCGUUCACCCUCACCAGGCAGGUGCCCGACUCGACCCGUGUGUCUCAGCAGGCGCGUUCGGCGCUCUCACAGAGCUGGCGUUCACCCUCACCGGGCAGGGCCCUCUGGCUGGCACUGAAGUGCCCGGACCUCCGGCUGGCCUUUUGA